AUGGGUGGAUGGACGUCCAUUUUCGGUAAUCGACAGGGGGGAGCGGUUCGCCGCCUGUACGAGGAGAGUCGACGAUUGCUUCCUUCGUAUAGCAGCGAUGAGAUCGCUUCCGCGCUGCCAUCAAAGGAGGUCACAAAGGUCGCUCUCCGUCUGAAAUACCUGAUUGAGCAGGUCAUCCCCUUCGAGCUGGAGCGGUCGGCCAUUACCAAGCCCAACAGCGACAUCAUCACGGCGGAGGUCAUACAGACGGCGAAACGGGCCGGCGGGGACGAGUAUCGCGCCUGCGUUAUAUACUGCUUGCUCGUAUGCCACCGGUGGUUCAAGCAGCAGGGUGAGGAGGAACUGUGGCGGGCCGGCCUCCUCGAAUGCCGUGCUCUCGCAUGUGAGGUCAUUGCGGGUCAUAUAAUUGAGACUGAAGAAGACCAGGAUUAUCUCCUCAGGGAGGCCCUCCUGAAACGAUAUUCCAUAUUCCGGAAAGGCGAGGAGACCCAUCCGAUUAAUGUGGUCGAGCGGGCGGUCGAUAUACACGCACUGAGGAUCAUAGGGUCUUCCGGCUAUCAGAAAUGCAUCAAGUACCUCUGGCGAGGCUGGUACAGCCAGGAUGCGCGCGAUCCAUCGCGAUUCGUCGAGUACAAGGAAAAAGACAAUACCUCCUACUGGGCGCAUUUCCGCCCAGAAAGGAUGCGGACUCCGGUGUAUCAGAACGCCGUGCUGAUAUUCUUUUCGCUGCUGUACCUGGCCCUCUAUACGGCCGUCAUCAACACCGUGAAUCCGUCUGGAGACCUGGACAUUGCCGAAGCGAUCCUGUACACGAUGACAAUGUCCUACCUCUGUGACGAGAUAACCAAGUUCUGGAAGAUUGGAAGACACUACCUGGGAUUCUGGAACGUGUUCAAUCUAACGCUGUACACGCUCCUGGCGGUCUCGUUCAUCCUCCGCAUGGUCGCGUUGGCGCAUUCCUCCGACGUGAACGACGAGCAGCGGCGGCACUUCAACCGACUGAGCUACAACUUCCUCGCGUUCGCGGCGCCCAUGUUCUGGAUGCGCCUGCUGCUCUUCCUCGACACGUUCCGCUUCUUCGGCGCAAUGCUGGUGGUGCUCGAGGUUAUGAUGAAGGAGAGCAUCAUCUUCUUCGCGCUGCUGUUCUUCGUCCUCAUCGGCUUCCUCCAGGCGUUUGUCGGGAUGAACGAGACGAAUUUCGGGGUUCCGAUCACGGGGUCGAUCGUCCAGGGCAUGGCGAACAGCAUCAUGCAGAGCCCGAAUUUCGAGCUGUUCCAGGACUUUGCGCCGCCGUUUGGUAUCGUCUUGUACUAUCUGUUCAAUUUCGUUGUCAUGGUUUUACUCCUGAACAUCCUGAUUGCGCUGUACAACAGUUCCUAUUCCGACAUCUCCGGCAACGCAGACGACGAGUUCAUGGCGCUCUUUUCGCGUAAGACAUUACAGUUUGUCCGCGCGCCAGACGAGAACGUUUUCAUACCGCCCUUCAACCUAAUCGAAAUCCUCUUCAUAAGCGCCCCCUUCGAAUGGUGGCUAUCCAAAGAGUCCUACGAGCGCCUAAACCACUACGUCAUGGGCAUCAUCUACUCGCCCCUACUGCUAAUCACGGCAUGGAUCGAGACGCGCGAGGCGCGCCGCAUCCGCCGCAACCGCCGCCGCGGCGAGGAGGACGACACCAUCCAGCAGGAGUGGGAGGAGCUGGCGGCCGAGGUGGAUUUUGACGUCGCGGGCACAGACUGGGAGCAGGCGGUCCAGGAGUCCAAGCCUAAUGUCGAGGUGUCGGCUUGCGUCUUGGAGAUUCGCCAAUUGAAGGAGCAGGUUAGGACGCUGAUGGAGACGGUUAAGGGAAUUUACUCUUCUCGUGCGGUGCGCCGUGUAGUAUUGCUUUCCACGAGGCAGUAG